UUCGUAUAAUAUGAAUUUCAUAUUCGAUCAAAUGAAAUCGUAGCGAAACAAUAUUCAAAAGCCGACGAGUCGGAUGUUGCUCUGAAAAUCGCUCUCUGUUUUCAUUUCACAGGAAUUGAACGACAUGUCGAAGCCUCUGUUUCUCUCCGUCUUCUUCCUCGCUCAUCUCUUCCAUCUCUCCCAUGGAGAUAUCGGCACUGCAACGCAUUACAGUCCUCCAUAUUUACCCACCGCCUGUGCCGGAAACGAUAUCUCUCUGUUUCCGGCGAGUAGUCUAUUUGCGGCGGCCGGAGAGGGAAUAUGGGAGAACGGAGCGGCUUGUGGAAGACAAUACCUAGUGAGAUGCUUCAGCGCCGCCGUGCCGAUGUCGUGCGUUCCGGAUCAGACGAUUCAGGUCACGAUAGUCGAUCGUGCGAUUUCAACGGUGUCGAAGCCGGCGAAAGCGGCUACGACGAUGGUGCUGUCAACGACGGCGUAUAAAUCCAUCGUUCAAAGAAAUGUGGCCUUCGUGAAUGUCGAAUUUCGGGAGGCCUGAAAAUCGGCGAAGGGAGGGAGCCAUGGCGUCCGUAAUUAGGGUUUCUGACUGGUCCAGAUUCUAGAACUGUGAGGAAGAUGAAGUCCAUGUGGUUGGUUUCCACCAUUGACACACACCUAGUUUAUAUUUUCUAAUAUUAUUAUUUCUUGUAUUUUAAAA